UAGCCAGUAAUAGGCCGGCUGGGUGUGACUUGAGCGUUUUGAUAUGGCACUAGGCAGGUCGUAGACUAGACGUAGGCUGGCAGACACUUUGCCAACGUAGACCUACUCCUAGACAUAGCCAUAGCGUUCAUGACUAAAAUGUUCUGCUAAACGUGUACAGACGAAGACAGCCUGAUGAAGUCCCUACCUUCGUAGACGAUACCCGCCUGGCACCAUGCAUAAGCUGUUUGCCCUGAUCCUCUCACAGCGGGACCUGUCCCGGGCCGGCGACCUCUUCUCCAUUCCUGACGCCGACAUUGUGGACGACCUGUCAGAGGCCCUGGGCCACAUCAAAACCAUCUCCUCCCUGCCGGACUACCUGGAGAACCACAAUGACCAGGCAGUGGUGGAGAUCUGCAUCACCCGAGUGACCACCGCGAUCAGGGACACAGGCACGAUUGAGCAGCACGCCCCCGCACUGGUCUUGCUCUGGAGAUCCUGCCUACAGCACAACCUGAAGCCCCUGGCCAGGGAUGAGGACCCGCCCCAUGCCAAGAUCGCCUCCGACAUCAUGAGCUGCCUCUUCAUGCAAAACUACAGCAAGUACUCAGUCAUGAAGAUCGUGCUGCCCGUGGCCGUGCAGUUCCUGAAGCACGAAAACCGCGAGAUCAGUCGGAACAUGUCCAGCUACCUGGCCCUGGCCGCCAUCGACAACGCCAGCCUCUUGGCGCUGCACUGCGAUGACAUCAUAGACAGCAUCAUACGGGGAAACCGGUCGCUAGCACGUAUCCUUCCCCAGGUCUACUUGGAGAAGCCCGGCCCCAUCAACGCCAACAUCAACGAGCUGCUCUACACCUUGCCUCGCUGCGACGACACGGAGAAGGCCCAUCUCCUCCAGCUCGUCAGCCUGGUUGCCAAGCAACACCCAAAGCUGCUCUUGGGCCAUGUGUCAUUGCUUGUCCAUUGCCUGGCCAUCCCCAACUCCUCCCAGACAGUACUGGCCGCCUUGGUGGAUUUGGUGUCCCUGGAUGCCCGACCCUUUGCCUCCUGCCUUAGAGACCUGGAGGAUGCCAUCAGCCGCCAGCCGUCGCUGCUUAGCAUGGCCCUGAAGAUCUUUGGAGCCGUGGGUCGACUCAACCAGGUCAGCGGGAAGGAGUGCAUGGCCUUCCUGGUGGAACAGCUCAGCAUCAUCGACCAGACCUCCCUGCCGGCCGUCCUGAUCGAAAUAAAGAGCAUCGCCGACCAGCACACCGGCCUCCUGGGCACCCACAUCGCUGAGAUCUCCCUGCAAGGGGAGAGCCCCUCCAUGGCUGCCCGGAUGAUCAUCCAACAACUACAGCAGGACAUGACAUACAGUGAAAAAGAGGCUCCAAGUGAAGACGUAACAUCCACACCAGACGAGUCGCAGCAAUCAGCCAAAGUGUCAUCAUCCCCACUGACACCCAGCAAGAGCAUGAGCAUGUCCGAGAUGCACCGGAUGGGGGUGGAGCCAGAAAGGAGGAUGCACUACAGGAAGGGCAAGGCCUCUAACAGAGGUUCCGUAGACCAUCUUCUCAGCAGCGUCCAGAAGCUGACCACGUCCACCUCCUCGGCUGCCCUGAUGCCCUCUGAGAAGCCAGGUUCCAUGAAGGACCUCGAGAGCCUCAAGCAAAUCAAACUGAGGUCGCAAAGCCACUCCGAAGCAGUCCAGCUCACGGACAGCCGGACGUGUCUGCAGAUGGCAAGCUCCACUUUGACCAAGACCAAGGGGAAGAGCUCAGCUCCGCCAUCCUCCUCGCAGAAAUCGGACGUCCAGCGUCGGAUCAACAACAAGGAAGGAGCAGCGGGCGGUAUCAAGGGGAACCAGCAAGAGGAGACUUCCAGACCCAGCAGCUUGAUCAUCAACAGCGGUGCAAACUCCAGACUUGUUGGGAAUGGCCAAAACGGUGGCAGCGGUGGGAUGCACAUUUCAGAAGGCGGUCAACCAGGACUGGAAGGCAGCGGCAGUGACUCAGUCAGGACCAGUUUGGUUGACGGAAUCAGACAGAUGCCUUUGGAGGGUAUCAGGGCUGGGUUUGAGGGGCCAAGAGGACCUACUCCCCUUGAGACAGCUAAGGCUUCCUCCUCGCUAAGGUCAGCCGGAGGGAACCGGGACAGUUUCUUACAACAGUACCUAUCUAAAAGACAGAAGGAGAUCAUCAGCUACAUGGACUCCAUCAAAAAGAGGAUACCAGUGCCUGAUGAAUGCUCUGUCAGAGAGAAUUCCGGGCGGAAUCCCGUGGGCCGACUGGAUUUCUACUGCCAGAAGAGAGGCCAGCACUGCCUGUACAGCUCCGCUCCAUUCAUGGUGGAGACCAAGGAGAUCCAGCCCUGGAUUCACCUGAAGUUCCUCCAGCUGCAGGCUACAUCUCCCACUCCCGUGUCUCUCGACGACAGAGCUGUGCAGAGCCUACGCAAGAACUGGGAGCGGCAGAAGACGGUCGGAGGGACCAUGACGUUCCUCAAACUCAUCACCCAAAAUUUCCCACCAUCUAAGGUUCAACAAGCUCUGACCGCUGUUCUGAAGAAGGGCAGCUUCUAUGAUCUCUUCACUUACAAUUCUCAGCUCUCUGUGUGGAACUGUUUCAUCUGUAACAACCCCAAUAAAUUUGACCUUGUGUCCGGAGGUCAACCACUCAUCGAAGGUCAACUCAAGGAGAAGAAAGUCCGGUUCAAGCUCUUCAAGCGCUGGAGAACUCGUUACUUCACAUUAGCCGGGGAACAACUCUACACGAAAAGCAACUCGCAGAGCAAGCCGGUGCUGCCCAUCGAACUGAGCAAGGUCCAGGGGGUCAAGACGGUGCACGCCGGCCGGCGCCAUGAGCGCAGCAUCCCCCGAGCUUUCGAGAUCUUCACCGCCGACAAGACCUACGUCUUCAAGACCAGGGAUGGCAAGGGGGCGGAGCAGUGGGUGCAGUGCCUGACGCUUGCCGUUCGCAAGGCUAGCCGGAAGCGAGGCGCUAACGGCGGCGAGACAAGCGGCGACGCCGUCCCCACCAGUACCAACUCCAGAAGGUAGCUUCCAGUCAUGGCCAUUUUUUGAUGGAUCCUAGGUAAAUUGGAGUGCACAGUUGUAGUCAGAGAGUUACACGCACAGAGUCACAGUUGGAAUACUUUCCGAGUGAGUAAAGUACCAGUAAGUAAAGUACCAGUAAGUAAAGUACCAAUAAGUAAAGUACCAGUAAAGUACCUUUUCCUCUUUAAGACAAAUAUUUAGUGAAGUCAUACAGUCUUCACCAUUGCUGCUUCCUGCAGGUUGCUCUCCAUCAGACCUGACUUCUGACUGAAGGCGCCUUUCCACAUGCAUGCCAACACUUGCACCGACCUUUGCGCAUCCGUCAAAAUUGCUUCCAAUGCGAUUUCGAUGGCCGAACGCAACGUACAUGUGUUACGCAAGGAGUCGAUUUUUGUGUCUGUAAAAGUGAAACACAUGAACACGCAACGCACCCAAAAGACGUGCACAUGGAAAGACGCCCCUAUUGUAGUAAUUGGAUUGCAGUCUUGUCAAAUACUUUAGAGUGAAUUGGAAUGCACCGUUUUGUCAAACGCUUCCCAAGUAUUUCAGAAAUACUCGCCAUCAAAGAUUGUUGCCCAGUAUACGCCGCAAGUACAUAGAAAAUAUGCUCAGCGUUAAAGACACACAGUCAAGUAUUUUGGGGGGACUUUUUAGUACCAAUUACUGAGCUAUCUCAGUUUUUGGUACUAAACCUCAAAGUGGUGCCUCAGUUUUUAAGGACUUUGCAAUGUUAUUCAUAUUUUGUUCAACAUCAUUAACCAUAUACUGCCGGGUUUGAUUUGAAGUUGCAUGAUGUAAUCCCGGGCGAUUUUCAAGAUUUAGCAUUUUCAAAAUUCUUGAAUUCAUGACUUCAUUUACUGGACGUUUGCACCCACACAAAUGACUGUCUGGUGGCUACUCUAAUGUGACAGACAACACCUAUUGACAUCCGAGUAUUUCAGCCAGGCCUGCAGCCUUGUAAAGAGAACCCAGAUUGUGUGGUGUUACGCUGCUGGCGUCUUUUC